AUGGGCUCCCGACUGAGCAGGCACAGCAGCCCGGAGGGGGGGCCCGGGAGGCCGCCGGAGGGGCGUCCGGGCCGCUUCCCGCUGGCCUCCCUGCUCCGCGGCUCCCCCAAGCUGCCCGGCGCGCUGAGGACCGCCAAGGCGGCGCCCUACGAGAGGCGAGUGCAGUGGAUCCGCGAGAUCCAGGCGACCCUCACCGCGCGCCACCGCGACCAGGCGCUCCACGUCCUCCUCUUGCUCCGGAAGGAUCUUGGUCUAGAAGGGACAUUCCUUAGUGAAGUCCUUUAUAAGAAGGCUGCCUUUCUCAACCUUGUGGAUCCCAUCUCCCACGACCUCCUGAUGAGCCUAGCCAGAGACCUGCAGUGCCCCAAGAAGGAAUAUGACCCUUGGAAGUCUGCAGAUCGGAUCUGCCGGCAGCUGAUUUAUCAUUUGACUCCUCAUUCAAAAUGGCAACAGCACAGCAUGCCACAUCGGAAGUCACAGGCAAGUCUAAAGAACAAUUUACAGAAGAAGCUGAGCCAAGAUGCUAUGGACCUAUCAGGGAUCCCUCUUUCCACACGGGACAUCCAUCGCAUGGCCUAUUACCUGCAGAACAAUGGCCAUAGCCUCCACACAGUGGACUUAAGCUUCACUGACUUGAAUGAUGACAAGAUGCACCUCCUGCUUCCUUUUCUGUGGUCACUGCCCAGGCUCACCCAUCUCUCCCUCAACGGGAAUCGCCUGACCAAAGCCACUGUAAAAGAACUGACUGAUGCCAUGAAGGACAUGAACCAGUUCCCUUGCUUGGCCUGGAUUGACCUUGGCAACAACGUAGAUGUGUCUUCUAUGCCACAGCCUCUGCUGGUUGGCUUGCGGAAGCGUCUCAAUUUGCAGACUACCCUGCCUACCAUCUACGAGUCCCUAGAUAGCGAUUCUGAGCUCUCUACCAGUCCCAAGAUUGGCCAGCUAGAAGGCACAGAGGCAGCAGCUGCAUUUCAGGCUGACAAGGCACACCUAAAGGCUGAAGAAGAGUCAUGCAUCUUCGGCCAGUGGUCCUGCAAAAGGUGACUGCGCAAGACCUUCUGUACAAGAAUGAUACCAUGGCAGUAGUACUUGCUGUACAGGCACAUGGCUCCAGCUCUUCCAGCCAGUUUCACUUGGCACUUCUCUUGCCUUUAACAGCCCUGAUCAAAUUUACAUUGUUCCAGUGAAAGACUGCUGCAAUUCACAGCCAGGGUCUUCAUCUCAUGUACUUCGUUAACAGGGGAUCAGUCACUUACCGUGAUGACAAGGAACCCAUCAGUAGGUAAACCAUUUGUAGGAACUCAGAACCUCCAGACAGCACUGGCUGGGAUAAAGUACAAGCUGUUGCCUUCUUGCUUCCCUUUCUUCCUCUCAACUUAUUAAGCAUCAGGGGCAAUGACUUUUAUUUGCAGAGAGAGUUCUGCAUUUAAAGGCUGAGCCGCUCCUCAGAAGGACCUCAUCAGGAAAAGCAAGCAUGAGCUACUCCCUUGUGCCAAGCACCCUCCCCGCUGCAGUAGUGUUUUAAUUCUUCAGACAAAAGGCAAUGGAAUCCCACAUUCAGCUCUGUGUGCAGACCAAGAGAACAUGUGACUGGGUUGCAGUGUCAGGGUAUUUCAAGCCCAGGCAUUAGGGAUGGGUGUCUCUAUUCCAUCUCUUUGGGGAUUAAAAGAAACAAGUAUUGUUGUAUGGACCGGGAGGAGCAGGAAUGCUUGUAUCGCUUGGGCUGCUUGAUACAGAGAAAUGGACCUGUCUAGAACACAUCACAGCUCUGCCACUGGGGAUGGCUUGAUUUUAAAGUGGUGUUAAAACAUGUCAAGGCCAGUGUGGAAACUGAGAAUGCAGUGCUUCCCACCGUUUGCUGUAUGCAAUGAAGGACAAUAAAUGACUUGUUUAUCCAAAUAUUUUAAUAGGGAACGAGCAGGCUCACUACAGACCUCCUGGACAGAUGACUUAGAAGUUCCUCUAUUCAAGCCCUGCUGCACUGAAUGGAUCCUAUGCAAGAGCACUAGAGAUGGGGACCAUUUUCUGUAUUAAACAGAAUGUCUUCAUUACAAAUUAAUGUAAUUACAAGUGCUGUCUUAGCAAAUAACAUGUUACAAAAUUAACAAAAA